UGUAAUAGUAACAGUAAAAAAUCAGACAUUUUUUCGUACAAGUGUUUUGACCGUUUCGUUCUUUUUCUUUUGGUAUUGUGAUUCCACAAUUAUUUCAAGAAGCAAAACUUGAUACGAUUAUAGAACUUUUCAGCUUCAGCUUAGAAGAUCAACAAACUAUCGAAUCACUUCAACAGAUUCUCCAAGUUCUUCAGUUUUUAAAUCUGGAAUGAGUGAAGGCUUUGGUAACGCAAGUGCGAGUUCCAGCUCGAGUUUGAAUAGCAGUUUCCAUGAUACAGAGGAUGAUCAAGCCAUAGCAACCAUCUUAGCAGAAGAGGAGAACUUGCACGACAAUAGCAAGCUUGGGAAAAGGCUUUCUCAUCUGGAUUCCAUUCCGCACACUCCUCGUGUCAUUGGGGAAAUACCUGAUGUGAAUGACGCAACCUUAGAUCAUGAACGACUUUCUGAAAGGCUAGCUACAUAUGGCUUAGCUGAAUUGCAAAUCGAGGGUGAUGGAAAUUGCCAGUUUCGAGCACUAGCGGAUCAGCUGUUCCGCAAUCCAGACUACCAAAAACGUGUUAGAAGGCAGAUUGUCAAGCAGCUAAAGCAUUCCAAAAAGUUGUAUGAAGGUUAUGUUCCAAUGAAGUACAAGAGCUACCUGAAGAAGAUGAAAAAAUCCGGGGAAUGGGGAGAUCAUAUCACUCUGCAAGCAGCUGCUGACCGAUUUGGAGCCAAAAUUUGUCUAGUCACCUCUUUCCGUGACACUUGCUACAUCGAGAUAAUGCCUAAACAAGAAAGUCCUAGUAGAGAAGUUUGGCUGAGCUUUUGGAGUGAAGUGCAUUACAAUUCAUUGUAUGCAAGUGGAGAUGUUCCCACUAGAGCACCGAGAAGAAAGCUUUGGCCUUUUUAGGAUUUAUAUAUAUAAUGACAAACUUCCUUGUUUAUAUUUGUUAUAUGUGUAUUUUCUUUACCUCCAUGUUACCUUCAAAGCUAGGGUUUGCUGUUGUAAAACUUCAUAACUAUUUGAUGACACAUUUUAUUUUGA